AGUAUAGCGCAGGCGCAAACUAUAGAGCGACGGCGCCGGCCCGAGUGACCGCGAACCUGGCGCUAGGUGUCCGGUUGUGCGCGUCGAAGCUCCUAGAAGGCUGUGGCGAGUGUAAGGUCACUCGGUUCACCGUUCUGGAGCCGCGGUGGGUGAUUCUUUACCUCCAGGAACAGGGCGGCUGCGGCCCACUGAGUUCCGGGACACCUCGAAGAGGCUCAGGGGGUGACCGGCCCCCUGCAGUGGGCAGUGACAGAUGCGGGUGAAAGAUCCAUCCUCCCAAGGUAAUGGUGACAUGACAAAGAAGAGCAGAAGACCUAAAAAGCCUCAAGAUGAUGAGUCAUCUGAUGAAGUGUUGAGUUCUGCCUGCCAGCAUGCGGGCAGAGGAGUAGAUCUGAUCCAGGUGAAGAAGGCAGUCACCCAGAACCACUGGUCAGUUUGUGAAGAAUGUGCGAGAACUCUGGAAGCAUCUCAGGAAGACGCAGAUAUUUCCUCACUUAUUUGGAUGUGUCUGAAAUGUGGUUAUCAGGGUUGUGGUCCAAACUCCCAAGAGCAGCAUUCCCUGAAGCAUUUCUGCUCUACGCAUUUGGAUCCACAUUGUAUUGCAGUCAGUUUGGACUCCUGGACUGUUUGGUGCUAUGAAUGUGAUGAGGAACUAACACCGUGCAAUAAAAAGGUUCUUGCUCCUUUAAUGGAUUUUCUGCAAAAGCAUGCAACAAGGACACAUUCAGGUUUAAGUUCUAAUUCGAUGAAAGUUCAAGAUGAAAACUCAGAUGGUGGUGAAACAGUGAGAGGAAAACAUACAAUCAGUAAUGCAGCCGUUCCUGUCAAAGGGCUGAGCAAUUUAGGAAAUACUUGCUUUUUUAAUGCUGUUAUGCAGAACAUGGCUCAGACCCAUAUACUCAAUGAUCUUAUGCAUGACAUGAAGGAAAAGGGAACAAAAUUAAAGAUCUGUCCACCUAUGGAAUCAAAUUUGGAUCCUUUGAUGGUGAUACUUCCCAGCCCUGGAUCUUUGACCUCAGCUGUGCAUUUAUUUCUUCAUAGUAUGAAAGAAGCAGGAAAAGGGCCACUCGUACCAAGAAUUCUUUUCAAUCUGUUAUGUCAGAGAGCACCACGCUUUAAGGGUUUCCAGCAGCAGGACAGCCAGGAACUGCUUCACUAUUUACUCAACGCAAUGCAGAUUGAGGAAACUAAGCGCAUACAGAGUGCCAUCUUAAAAGCCUUCAACAGCCCUACAGUCAAAACUGCUGAUGAAGAAACAAAACGAAAAGUGAAAGUAUAUGGAAGAGAAGGUGUGAAGAUGAAUUUUAUCAACCAGAUUUUUGUCGGAGAAUUGAUCAGUACCGUCAUGUGUGAAGAGUGUUUGCAUAUUUCAUCUGUUAGAGAGCCAUUUAUCGAUCUUUCACUUCCUAUUGUUGAAGAAAGGCAGAGUUACGUGAACAAGCAAAGGAUAAAGGGAAUAAAGAAGUCAAUGGAUGACGAGAACAGUUGGCAAGCUUCUGCAGAACAAAGUAAUGGACACAUUGAGGAGGAGAGCAACCAGGCACUUCAUUGCUCUAAUCCGGUAGAAGGCAAUAUAUUAAGUCAGUCUGAAGGUAGCGAUAAAGAUGGGAAUCAAUCAGACAGAAGCAAUCAAUCAGAUCGAAGCAAUGAUGCAGACACUGAAGCAUCAGAUCCUGAGAACCCGACAAAGCCAGUGGAGUUCCUGAGUCGCAGCACUGAUUCCAGCGUUGGUUUGGCAACUGUCAGCCACAAAUUUUUGAACAGCAAUUCAGUGCAACUCAAACAUGCUGACUUUAGCUGUAAUGAUUCUCUUUCCAGUGGGAUAUCAAAACUCAACCUUGGCAGUACUAAAAAGGAAAAUCUAAUUAUUGAUUCUACUUAUGAGGAUCAAACCGACAGCGUUCAAGACACAAAAGAAAAAUCUGUUGUUUCAAAAAACACACAUAUGGCUUUUCAAACACUUUCACGGAGCUACAGAGCCAGACCUAAGGAAUGUUCUCUUCAGUCCUGUCUUGCCCAGUUCACGUCCAUAGAUCUACUAAUGGGUAACAACAAACUGUUGUGUGAAAAAUGUACAGAGAGAAAGCAGAAGCAGCACAAGAAGGCACAGUCAGCAGAAAAGAAAUCUGAACAUGUAUAUACAAAUGCUCGGAAGCAAAUGUUGAUCUCUGCUGUUCCACCAAUAUUAAAUCUUCACCUUAAAAGAUUCCACCAGGCAGGUUUGAGUUUACGAAAAGUCAAUAAACAUGUGGACUUCCCUUUGGUUCUGGAUUUGGCACCAUUCUGUUCCUCCACCUGCAAGAAUGUUGGAGACAAAGGCAAAGUGCUCUAUGGACUUUAUGGAAUAGUUGAACACUGUGGCUCAAUGCGUGGUGGACAUUAUGCAGCUUAUGUGCAAGUCAGAACAGCCAACAAAAAGCUCUCUGAACAGUCCUCAGCAAACAAGAAUAUUUCAGGUUUCAGGGAUGUUGGAGCACCACCGGGUCAAUGGGUUUACGUCAGCGACACCCAUGUACAAACAGUGUCUGAAGCUCGAGUACUUAAUGCUCAGGCCUACUUGUUGUUCUAUGAACAACUUCCAUAAAAAUAUGGGCUUUAAUGUUGUCUAAUUUAUACCUGCUCAUCAUGUUGGUUUUACAAACUUUUUGCGCUAUCUUUAAUUUAUCAGAUAAAGUUAGAAGUUCAUCAUGAUAAAAAUUUGCUAUGACCAGCAGAAAUUAAAUGCACUUUGAGUAUGAAUGUAAUGAAAAGCAGUCAGAGGUUUACUUAUAAAAUUAUGCCUUUGAACCCUGUUAUAUCCCACCAAUACCACCCUAUCCUCUCCCAGACUGAUAGAAAUACACAUAUUUUCAUUAUGGCUAUUUACAUUUAAUAUAUAUUUUUCAACUUCAGAAUAAUCCUACUUUGAUUGUACUUAAUAACACAAUGACUAUUUACAUUCAAAAAGAGGAAGUUUAGUCUCUGGUCUUAGAGAUUGUUAUAACUUCCUAUUUUUGUGACUGACCUUCAUGUAAAGAACGAUAUCAAAGAAUAUUGAACAAGUUAUUAUCUGGUAGAUUUAUAUAUAUAUAUAUAUUUUUAAAAAAGAAUAAAAUUUAAUUCUUUGGAAGCUCAUCUCACUUCAUGCAUUGUUACCUUGGCAUCACAUUAUAAAAUUAUUAUGUCACAAAUUCUGGACUGUAAUGCAUGAACUGGUAUUUCCGUGUUAAUUUACUCAAAAUAUGCCAGUAAGGUGCACUGAGUUCUUCGUUAACAGUUUCACAGUAUCAUUUAAUUUAUGUAUUUUACAUUGCAAGGCUUUAUUGAUGCUCAACAAUAUCUUAAUAAACAAUU